GUCAACGACCAACGUGCACAGACGCUAUCUGCACGUGAUCCACACCCACCCACGCGGGACUUUCCUGCCUGGGUACCGCGAGACUUUGCUGGGGCACGACCACCACAAAGACGACAUCACCCAAGAAAAUCUAUUCAACAGAAAUGGCAAGUUCCCAUUCCCCACGAGGUUUGAUUGGAUCAGAAUGGGCAAUUCCGUUCUCAACUUCUCAUGCUCUUCCUUCCUCAUUAGACCUCACCGCACAGCAAGAAUCUGGUUUCCACGCUAGCUUUCACCAUACCACCACGCAGCCAACUCUGCUCUCCACACAGCAAUCACACCAAGAAAUUCCUUCCACAUGCCUUCCCUUGGCUUGGCUCUUAUGCUGCUGGCCUCUUUGAUCUCUCCGGCGAGCUCCUGCACGGAGCAGGAGAAGAUCUCCCUUCUCCGGCUCCUCGCCGGGCUCUCGUGGAACGGUGGCCUCGCGACGUCGUGGCGGAGCAACACCGACUGCUGCACAUGGCAAGGGAUCACCUGCAACCAAGAUAGGAAGGUCACCGAUGUUUCGCUGGAUUCUCGAGGCCUCGAGGGGUCUAUCUCGCCAUCCCUCGGCAACCUCACCGAGCUCUUGCGCCUCAACCUGUCGCGCAACUCUUUGUCCGGCGCCUUGCCGCUGGAGUUGGUGUCAUCCAGCAGCAUAAUCGUCCUUGACGUCAGCUUCAACCGCCUGACAGGGGCGCUGCAUGAGCUGCCAUCUUCAACCCCUGUGCGGCCUCUGCAAGUACUCAACAUCUCAAGCAACUUAUUUACAGGCCAGUUUCCGUCCACCACAUGGAAAGCAAUGGAGAAUUUGGUCGCACUCAAUGCCAGUAACAACAGCUUUACUGGACAGAUACCAUCGACGCCAUGUGCGAGCGCGCCAUCUUUGGCCGUGCUUGAACUCAGUUUUAACAAAUUCAGUGGAAAUAUCCCUCCAGGACUUGGUAAUUGCUCCGUGCUGAAGAUGCUCAGCACUGGCUACAACAACCUCUGUGGGACUCUUCCAGGCGAGCUCUUCAAUGUUACCACGUUAGAGCACCUCUCUUUGCCUAACAAUUGGUUAGACGGAGGUGUCAAUGGCAUCGGCAAGCUCACAAAUCUGGUCACCCUUGAUCUUGGGCAGAAUGGUUUCAGUGGCAACAUUCCAGAGUCUAUAGGUGAUCUGGAGAGAUUGGAGGAGCUGCAUUUGGAACACAACAAUAUGUCAGGGGAGCUGCCAACAGCUCUAAGCAACUGCACAAAUCUCGUAACAAUUGACCUCAACACCAACCGCUUCAGUGGAGAACUCAACAAGGUCAAGUUCGCGAGCCUGUCCAACCUAAGAAAAUUAGAUCUUCUUUUCAACGACUUCACCGGCACAAUUCCAGAAAGCAUAUACUCCUGCACCAAUCUGACUGCACUGCGACUAUCUUACAAUCAAUUCCAUGGUCAAUUGUCAGAGAAAAUAAGCAAUCUGAAGUACCUCUCAUUCCUAUCACUUUCUAAUAACUCGCUUACAAAUAUCACAAGGACACUUCAGAUCCUUAGUAGUUCCAAGAGCCUCACUACCCUUUAUAUUGGAUGCAACUUCCUGGAUGAGACCAUGCCACAGGAUGACAGCAUUGAUGGUUUUGAGAACCUUCAGGUUCUUUCCAUGAGUGAGUGUUCAUUGUCUGGAAAAAUACCUGAUUGGUUAUCAAAACUCACAAAUUUGGGGAUGCUAUUUUUGCAAAGCAAUCAACUAACUGGACCGGUACCUGACUGGAUCAGCAGCCUGAACUUGCUCUUCUAUCUAGACAUAUCAAACAACAGCUUUACAGGGGAUAUUCCAGCUGCCUUAAUGGAGAUGCCAAUGCUGAGAUCAGACAAGACUCCACCAAAGGUCUUCUUUGAGCUGCUUGUUUGGAACGAGAACACAUUUAUGCAGUACCUCAUGCUCAGUGCUUUUCCUAAGGUGCUUAAUCUAGCCAUCAAUAAUUUCACUGGUGUGAUCCCAGAGGAGAUCGGACAGUUAAAAGGACUCAUUUCACUGAACUUGAGCUCUAAUGGAUUUUCCGGAGGGAUACCAGAACAGAUCUGCAACCUCACGAACCUCCAGGUGCUUGACUUGUCUGGUAAUCAACUCACUGGUACAAUUCCAGCUGCACUGAAAAAUCUGCAUUUCCUUUCCAGAUUCAAUGUUUCUAAUAAUGACCUGGAAGGCCCUAUUCCAAACGUCGGCCAGUUUAGCACAUUUCCGGAUUCUAGCUUUGGUGGAAACCCAAAACUGUGUAGCCCUAUGAUCACAAACCAAUGUGGUUCAGCAGAAGCAGGUCCGGUCUCCACAAAACACAUUGGUAAUGAGGUUAUCUUUGCAAUCGCCUUUGGUAUUUUCUUUGGUGUAGGAGUCCUAUAUGACCAGAUAGUCUUAGCCAGAUAUUUUGGCUAAAGCCUUGUAAUUUGUUCUCACUGCCCAAACCGUGUGAGCUCAAGUGGUUCUCAGUUCAGCAAGACGAUGUCUGUGGCUCCUGCCCCAGCAAGAUCAACAUCCCUGGUAAAUCCGGUAUCUCGAGCUACAGGCAUUCAAUCUGUACAGCAUGUAAAUGAAAAUAGUUAGCAAUUUAGGAAAUAUCAAGAGUGUGUAAUCCUACUAUUUUUUGUGGAGAAUAUAUAACCAGUCUUUCACUA